GAGGCUCGGUGUGGACGGAGUGACGGGGGAAGGGCAACUCCUUUCUGCUCGUGACCGUCAAGGAGAGAGGACGCACGGUGGGUCUCUCCUCUCCACGUGUUCUAAUUACUCCAUCGUAGGGGAGUGAAGAGAUACAAGAUGGUACAAAAGAAGACUAAGGGAAAGGUGAAGGGGAAGGGGAAGAAGGUCGCCGCUCCCCCCCUGGUGACCAAGAAGGUGGUGGUCCCCAAGAAAGUGGUCAACCCACUCUUUGAGAAGCGACCCAGGAACUUUGGCAUCGGUGGAGAUAUCCAGCCUAAGCGUGACCUGAGCCGGUUCAUGCGCUGGCCCAAGUACGUGCGUCUGCAGCGCCAGAAGGCCGUCCUGCAGCAGCGGUUGAAGGUGCCCCCACCCAUCCACCAGUUCAAGCAGACCCUUGACCGCCAGAAAGCCACUGAGCUCUUCCGCCUCCUGGACAAGUACCGCCCUGAGAGCAAGGCCGCCAAGAGGGAGAGGCUGAGGAAGCGCGCCGCCGCCCGUGCCGCUGGCAAGCCCGACGUGCCCACCAAGCGCAAGAUUCAAGUGCGUCACGGAGUGAACGAUGUGGUCACGCUGGUGGAACAGAAGAAGGCAAGGCUGGUGUGCGUCGCCAAUGAUGUGGAUCCCAUUGAGGUGGUGCUCUUCCUGCCCGCGUUGUGCCGCAAGAUGGGCGUUCCUUACUGCAUCGUGAAGAACAAGUCUCGCCUGGGCACUGUGGUCAGGAGGAAGAAGACUGCUUGUGUGGCCAUCACUGAUGUGGAGGCAAAUGACAGGAGUAACCUGAACAAGCUGCUGGAGUCCAUCAAGACCAACUACAAUGACCGCUUUGAUGAGAUCAGGAAGAACUGGGGCGGUGGUCUGCUGGGCGCCAAGUCUGCCUCCAGGAUUGCCAAGCUGGAGCGAGCCAAGGCCAGGGAGCUCGCACAGAAACGCUAAGUACAAUAAACUGAUUGGUGGAA